CGGGACCACGCUUCCGCUUCCGCUUGGCGGCACCGAAGGCGCCGCAGCCGCCACGAUGCUCAUCAAAGUCAAGACGCUGACGGGGAAGGAGAUCGAGAUCGACAUCGAGCCCACGGACAAGGUGGAGCGGAUCAAGGAGCGCGUGGAGGAGAAGGAAGGGAUCCCCCCACAGCAGCAGCGGCUGAUCUACAGCGGGAAGCAGAUGAACGAUGAGAAGACGGCGGCCGACUACAAAAUCCAGGGGGGCUCCGUCCUCCAUCUUGUGCUGGCCCUGCGGGGGGGCGUGGCCAGGCCCUGAGGGGGGGGCGUGGCCAGGCCCGGACCCCUCCCCCUCCCUUUCACCCUCCCCCCCACCGCCGUGAUUCCCCUUCCCGAGUCCGUUAUUAUUUAAUAAAGGUUCGCUGAUGACGUCAGCAGCGCGCGUGUGACGUC